AGUUAAAAUUAAACGCAUUUAUCGUAGGAAUUCGUAUCUCCAACGCUAUAUUUUCUAUGGAACUGGUUGGAUGUGUCCCCUACCGUAAGAGAAGUGUGAAAGAAAUCUGAACAACUUUGCCCGGACAGGGCUGACCUCAGGAACACAAUUGUGAAGAUGGAAACAAAGAUACACAGAGCGAUUUUUAUAACUGGCUUGUGCCAUGUCCUUCUUGUGUUAGGUCAUACAAAGGAAAAUUCUCUCCGGAGGACAUCUAAUCUUCCUGAACCACCGGAAGUUGUUGAAGCCAUUGCUCAAACUACAACUACUAUCACCAUUAACAUCACUGCUCCAUACAAUGACGUCAUUACAAAAUAUAAAGUUGAUUACGACGUGUACUCAAUCCCUGUUGAUGCAAACGAAAAUGCUUCAAGUACUAUUUUUACCACUCCUGCAACUCUGGUUCCGGGGAGCGCAUACGCAUUCCAUGUGAAGUCAAUUGACGUCGGCGUUGAAAGUAAAACUUACACUGGAGCAAUAGGAUAUACAUUACCGAAUCCCCCGCGUGAUGUCACAGUGGUGGAUCGGCGGACAACUCGUGUCAUUCUAAUGGUACAACCUGGAACAGGCCAUCAUGACACGUUCUGCGCAGUAUACUUCAGCGUGCUACAUCCUGGACAGUCAAAAAACAUAUCUGAUAAAAGCGUGUUGCUAUCUAUACCGGAUCUUCUGCCAGGGACCUCUUACAACAUAUCCGUGUUCACAAUAGCCAACAAUAUAUUGAGUACCAGAGCAAAGCUUAAUGGGAUGAUUAUCUCAACACUACCCAGUCCAUCGAAGGUUAGAGUAACAGAAAAAACAACAACCAGUUUGAACCUCAGUGUAAAACCAGGGGAAGGAAGGUCGGUCAUGUACUCCAGCCCACGUGCCCCAUCGCAACAUAUUGAUAUGAUCACAGAAGCAGACACACAGUUAAUCGCUUCGACACCCAGCGGUAUUCAACAGAACGUUUCUGUAGAAGAUGAGACAUUGGGCGAAAUUUGCAGCAUACCCGGUUAUAUAUCAGGUCCUGUAAUGGCCAUCGAAGGGAGUACUGUACGGUUUUUAGCAAUAUUUUCAGUAAAUCUAAGCUGUGUGUCAUCUUCAAUUCGGCAUGAAAUAGAAUGGUAUAUCGGCGACCUCAAUACUAGCAAUAUUAGAAAGGACUCAUCCAGAGUACAUAUACAGUCCAAUUAUUCUCAGGAAGAAUUCCCGUGGUCCUAUCUAACAUUCCAGACCCUAUCAGUGUUGGAUGAAAAACCAUUGCGAGCUUGCUACAUAGGAAAAUGUUACACUAAAGCUGCCAUUCGUGUUCAACCAUUACUACAUGUUCGCAUGAAUCCGGCAUCGGUCGCUGUGGAGGUUGGAGGUCAAGCCAAACUUUCGUGUAUAGUUCCUGACUAUAAAAAAAUCGGCGACCUUGAAUUUAAGUGGACUUUUAGUGGAAUAGGAAAAUCAAAUGAGUCCAAACUGCAUGAUUAUCCAUCGACUAAAGAUGGAGUGUCCAAUCUUCAACUCCAAAACAUUACACAACAGCACACUGGUAGUUACACCUGUACCGUUAUGUCAUUUAAUGCCAACACUACCACGAUCAAGAAGAGUUCAAGUUUCCUGUAUGUGUUUACUGAAGAUGCCUUCACCUGCCCAAAGACGACGGAUAAAAACGGUUUAGUGUGGACCAAGACACCAACAGGACAAAUACUGACCAUGAUAUGCCCAGACGGGUUUGUAGGUUCUGCAACACGAGUCUGCAAUAUUGACGGGCUUUGGGGGAAAACAAAUCUCAUCAACUGUGUAAGAAAAGCUAUCGACAACGCCCUAGACCAGAUCAAUGGGAUAAAAGAUGGUGUAGUCGACCCCAGUGAGAUCAACAACGUUUUAGACCUUUUAGAGAAUACAACAUCAACAUCAAAUAGAAACAGCAUUGAACUAUCGUCUGGAGAUUUAAGCGCGGCCUACGCUGUCCUCAACGCAUCAAUUGAUGUCAUCGAUCAGCAUUGUGUGUCUCCAAACGUAACGCAGAAUUUUGUAAAAAUUAUCGACAAUAUGCUGUCACCCGCUAAUCAUGAAACAUGGACAGAUGUCAACAAACAGUCAUCUUCAACUGAUGCAAGUAAUCUGAUGAAAACAGUAGAAAAGCUAGGGAAUGCUGUUGGGAAUAAGAUUUCCGUAGGCGAACAAAUUAUCAUCGAAGGGAGCAACAUAGCUGUUGAAAUCAAAAGCAUUUCGAACAAUAAUAUAUGUUUUAGACCAAAAAUAUCAUCUAGUAAUUCCAAUUUACAAAACGAAAUAACGCUUAACCUCGGAGACGGACACACUGGUGGUGUUACUUUCACCGCCGCUCUGUAUGCUACCAUUGCGAGUAUUCUUCCUGAUAACAGUGUGGCUAGCGGAUAUCCAUCAGAAGUCCUUGCAUUGUCCGUUAUCAACGAACACUCAGUUGAAGGCAAUCUUCCGUCCAAUGUCAGCCUGAAAUUUGACACCGACUCCUUGCGCUCUGACAACAACCUGACGGGAAAUGUCAACAUCAAAUGUGUUUUUUGGAACUUCAAUGACACGGCUGGGGCUAUCGGUUGGUCAGACGUUGGAUGUAUGUGGUCAGCAGAGAAAAGGACAUGUCUUUGUAAUCAUCUGACCAACUUUGCUGUUUUGAUGAGCCCCAUAGAGAUAACAAAUGAGCUUGAUAUUGCCCGUUUACGAGUUAUAACCCUGGCAGGGUGUAGCCUAUCCAUCCUUUCUACGGUCGUUACUAUGGUGGUGUACAUGAUGUUAUGGAGGUACGUAAAGAAUGACAGGAGUAUUUUAGUGGUGAAUCUAUGUGUCGCAGUAACGGGCGGUUAUGUCUUAUUCCUGGCUGGUCUUGACCAAACUGAUGAUAAUGUUGGGUGUACGGUUAUUGCCGCUCUCCUCCACUUUCUUUUUCUGGCUAUUUUUUGUUUGAUGCUUUCGGAUGGAAUACAGCUCCUCCGAAGAACAACGGUAGUCUUGAAUGUGAAGUCGAUUCUAAAAUGGCUUCUACUGAUUGGCUGGGGUGUACCAGCAAUUAUCGUUGGAAUAACAGUUGGCAUUAAACAUGAUGGAGGAUACCAUUCUAAGAAAUACUGCUGGCUGACCUUGAAGGACGGUGUAUUGUAUUCCUUCGUUGGACCAGUAUUGGCAGUAAUUGUGGUCAAUGUUAUUGUGGUGAUUCUAGUCUUGAAGGCAUUGCUGACCUCCAAGUUCAUUAUGACGAAAUCGCAGAGGCAAAGAAUUGUGUCUGCUAUACGAAGUGUAUGUGUUCUACUUCCGGUUUUGGGAAUAACGUGGUUUUUCGGGAUAUUAUCUAUCAAUGGGGAUCUUUUAGCGUUCCAGUAUCUCUUUGCAGUCACAAAUUCAUUGCAGGGUUUCUUUAUAUUCCUGUUUCACUGUAUCUUCAGUGUUCCGGUUCGUCGUGCCAUGAAACAAAAAUAUAAGAAGUUUGAAUUAACAUCAAAAUCGGACAAAACACAGGUUACUGCUACGCGUUCAUCCAGAUACAGUGUUGAUGAUGGCAUCGGUGAUCCGUAUAAAAAUGGAAAAAUUGACAGACUGUCAGUUUCACAUCAUCGGAUUUGAAUGAGCAUUCCGAUGAAAAGCUCUAAAAGCACCAAAUAUUGAUCCGAAGCGGAGAUUUGUGAUAUCGACUUUAUUUUAGCCAUUUUCAUUUCUAUUGAGAUGUCUUUCGACAAACUCUUAAACAUUACAACAAAGCCAGAAAAAUUGUUGAGAUAGAUGGAAGAUAUUUUACAAAAUGGAUUUUUUGUUUUUGUUUUUGUUUUUACAUUAAAUCCUAUAUGUGAAUAAGACCAUACCGAUUUAAAAAAAAAGUGUUAUAAGAUAAGUAUUUUCUCGUUAACAUUUUUACUGAUGUAAUUAUCUUAAUUACUUUUUUGUCAAUGCAUUCAUGAUGGUAUCAAGAUAAAAGACAAAAUAAAUAAAUUAGUAAUA